AUGCCCCUCGUCUUGCAGGUGGCACAACACGUUCGCACGACACCUAUGGCGGUCAUCCAGGAAGCGGGCAAGAAGCGUAUCCUUCUAGUGUCCACGCAUCCUAACCAGACGAACGGCUACUCGAAGGUCACGUAUCGUAUUUUGAGACACCUGGGGGCGAAGGAGGACAUCGAGCUGAUCAACUAUGGCUUUCAAAAUUUCGGUCACGUCGACAUGCAGAGCCGCAUAACCAACAUCCCGAGCAGCGUAACGGUCUACGACGCCGCGAGGCAAGAGGGGCCCCCGUCCGAGACGCGGCACGGCUUCGGAUUUGCGCACUUCAGGGAUUUCCUGAAACUCGCCCGGCCGGCCUUGGUCAUCAUCUUCAACGACCCCAUCGUCACGACGUCGUUCUUGCUCGAAAUGAAGAAGCAGCCGCCGGUGUUGGGGGAGGGGGUCAAGGUGAUCACGUAUCUGGACACUGUGUACGCCCACCAGAGGCCCGAUCUGCUCGCGUUGAUCGAAUCCGCCUCGGAUCACAUCAUCGCCUUCACGGAGCAUUGGAAGGAGGCCCUCAGGGCCCAGGGGGUCUCGAAGCCCAUGAACACCCUCAUGCACGGCUUCGACGAGGCCGACUUUCCGGCGCCUCGGGCGCCCCAGGUGCGGAAGGAGGGGCAGAUGGUCGUGCUGAACCUCAACCGCAACGCCCAGAGGAAGCGGAUGGAUGUCACGGCGAUGGCCAUAGCGGAGGUGUUUAAGAGGCGGCCUGAUGCCGAUAUUGUCUUCCUGAUUCCGGAGGUCACGGGGGCUUGGGACGUGCCGUCGAUCAUCGCUCAGGAGAUGUCCGGGAAGUUCACGCCGGCGGAGGUGGCGAGGUAUCAGUCGGAGAGGAUCCUGACGGUGGAGAACAGGCAGAAGAUGACGGACUCGCAGGUCUCGGACCUGUAUCAUAUGGAGGACGUGGGUCUGAGCACCGCCCAGGGCGAGGGCGUGGGGCUGGCGCAGCUCGAGCACGCGGGGAUAGGUCGUCCGCAGAUAGUGCCGUCCGUUGGUGGGCUCACGGAGUUUCUCGACCGCGACUGCGCGAUGAUGAUAGAACCCAAGGCGAAGAUGUACGUGGACAAGGUCGUGGAGCCUUUCGGUGGGAGGUGCGAGGUCGUGGAUUAUCGUGACGUGGCGGACGGCAUCCUGUUCUAUUACGACAACCCCGAGAUCCGGGAGCAGCACGGGAAGCUCGCCGCGGAAAGGAUCAGGGAGCGCUAUGCGUGGCCGAAGCUGAUGGACGGCCUGUACGAGACGAUCCGCUCGGUGUGA